GGUCCACAGGUCUUUUUUGUAUUUUUCCUCAUUUGUGAUGACAAAUCCACAAAAAUAGAGAAACAAUUGUGCACAUCGCUUUGUUUUUCUCGUAUAGUUUUGUUUUUUUAUUUUAUUUUUAAAAGACGUCAUUGUACGCAUUUAUGGCAUAAAUUAAAUCAUAUUGGACGGUAUUUCCCGAGGAUUAUAUCAAAUUGUUUCUAUCAAAACGAAUCAAAAGUGUGUAGUCAUUCUUAUCUUGGCCUAGUGAGAGUAAUAAACGUCAUAAAUUGAAAUAUAUUGAAGAUUUUUUUUUUGUUCCGGCAAUUCAAGUUCAAUAGAUAUCUCAAUUUAGUAUCGAUCACGGUUAAAUUGAAUAAAACAGUGGAGAAAUGACGACGCGUGUGAAGGCAUUAUAUGAUUUCACCGGCGAACCAAACACAUCCGAAAUAUCGAUUGAGGCUGGUGAAGUAUUGAUAUUGACACGAACUGACGUGGGCGAAGGAUGGUGGGAGGGGACCAAUGUGCGUGGUCAAACUGGCCUAUUUCCGGAAGCGUACGUUGAAAUUUACGUGGAAACACAACCACCAGCAAUGGCACCACCAAUAAAUCCAAUGUUGGUACAACCACCAGCUUAUCAACAGCAAACAUCACAACCAUCGCAACAAGCACCACCACAGCCGCGAUAUGAUCAAACUGAGGACUAUAACGAAAUGCAGGAUGAAUGGGAGGACGAUUGGGACGACGAUAAUGAUACGUACAGUGAAGUUGGUCCGCCGGCUGCAAAUGCAAAUAACCAAACAUCGCAAAACUACUACCAAAAUAACCAACAAUCAAACUAUAAGAAUGUGCAAUUGCCAUUGCCACCGACUGAUGAUAAUUCAUCGUUACAAUCGUAUUCAGCUGCGACAAAACUCAAGAAGUCGGGCAUGUUUUCGAAAAUCGGCGAUUCAUACAUUCUUGGAACGACAACGAUCAGUGUGCCAGAUCAAGAACGCAUCUAUAUCAUUCACCAAGAUAACGGGUAUUUCUACAAGACGAUUCGAGACGUGUACACCGUACGAGUUGCAUCUCCCAAAAAAGAAACCAAAUUCAAGGGCAUCAAAAGUUUUAUUGCAUAUCAAUUGACGCCGUCGUUCAACAAUAUUUCGGUGUCACGACGUUAUAAACAUUUUGAUUGGUUGCAUGGCCGUCUGGUGGACAAAUUUUGCCUAAUUCCAAUUCCACCAUUGCCCGAUAAACAAAUAUCGGGACGAUAUGAUGAUCAAUUUGUUGAACAUCGACGCGUUCAGUUGCAGGAAUUCAUUGAUUGGGUGUGUCGACAUCCAGUUUUAUCGACAUGUGAAGUAUUUAUGCAUUUUCUCACUUGUACCGAUGACAAAAAAUGGAAACCGGGUAAACGGCAAGCCGAACGCGAUCAAUUAGUUGGGCCAGCUUAUUGUGCAGCAAUUUUUCCACCCGAAAAACAAUUGUUACAAUCACAGGUUGAUAGUCAACUUGAUAAUUGUAAUCAAUUUGUGCAUAUGAUGGAUAAUGCUGUAAAAAAUUUACUCAUUAUUUCAAACGAACAAGCGAAACGCUUUCAAGUAACAUGGAAAAAAGAUUUUCAACGCAUCGGCGAAGGUUUUUCCGAAUUGGCUCGUGCAUUGGAGAUUGAUGAGCGACGUGCCAUUACAAAUGUGAAUUUAUCGAAUUCGGUUGGUCAGGCGGCCGGUGUAUUUAUCGGAAUUGGACAAUUGAUUGGCGAACAGCCAAAGCAUGAUUUUAUACCAUUUGCCGAUUGUUUACACAUUUAUCGUGGCAUUUUGGGUGAUUUUCCCGAUGUAUUGAAUGUACAUAAAGGCGCCAUGAACAAACGAAAAGAAUGCGAACGAUUAACGUCCGAACAAAAAAUGGGCAAUGCACAAUUGCAAGAGGUAAAUCGUCGUACCGAUAUCAUGUCAUAUGCUGUAUUGGCCGAAAUGAAUCACUUUCGUCAAGAGCGAGACGUACAUCUGAAAAUGGCAAUGAAACACUUUAUACAAGAACAAAUUACAUUUUAUCAAGAAAUCAUAACACGUCUUCAGACGGCACAGAGGUUCUUUGAAUAAAUAUUUACAGGUUGCGAAUGCGAUUGCAAUUGAUUCGAAUGAAGAGAUUUUUUCUCUCAUAAUUAUUUUGAUUUAUUUUUUUAUCGCUCGAGCUUAAGACAAACAACAAUUCUAAUUUCUAUAUCGAAUGAAAGAAAUGCCUUUUCAAAUAAUGAAAUGAAUCAAUCGUAAUACUAAACAAAUCUUGAUCAAUAUUCGUAUCAAGUACAAAGGAAUCAUUUUAAUAUUCGCUUCGAUCUUUUAUUUUUCUCAUGAAAUCUAUGGUAUUGGCCGCAACAAUCGUUUUGAAAAGUAAUUUUAAAGUCGGUUUUGUAUUGUGAACGUUAUGUUGCAAACUACAUGAGGUUUUUUUGUGAUUCAAUUUUCGAAGGAUUUUUUUUUUUUAAUUUCAAACGAAGAGAACUUGUUUUUAUAGAAAUAUUGAUAUUUUUGCUGUAAAAAAAAUGAUGUGAUCAAUUUUAAAUUAUUCGAAUGGUUUUAAAGUAGAGCGCGCAAUAUAUACAAAUGUCAAAGGUGGACCAUUUCGAGUACAAUAUGUGAAAAUUGUAAGCAUUUCAAACAAAAAUUUUAACAAUUACUUUAACAACUCAUUCCAUAUUAAAGAUUUGUUCACAUAAAGCGAGCAAUGAAAAAUCAACUGUCGAUUGUAAAUAAUAAUAACCGAACUAUUUUUUUUUGUGUAACGUACAACAUAAUGGACCCAAUCAAUAUUGAAUCACACUGUAUUUUUUACAACCGAAAUUUACACCAAAUGUGUUAUACGUGUAUAAACCAAGUGAAUAAAAGUGACAUGGAAUAAUUAAAUUGAAA